GGGCUGCGGAGAAGCGAAGGCACCACCCUGCCCACUCAGACCUCAAGCAUCCCUAACUGGCGAGGCCACCCCGGGCUCGGCUUCCCGGGCGGGCUUCGGGACGGCGCAGCCGCACUGGUGCCGCCUUCCCACCAAUCUCGACCCUCGACGCGUUCCGUUCGUGCGUGGAGGAGCCAGGCGGGAGAAGAGGCCGCUCCGUGGGCAGGGGCUGCGGCGCGCCGAGCGGCUGGGCCCAGCGACCGCGCGGAUGGCGGACUCGCAGCUGUUCUGCGUGGCCGAGGAGCGCAGCGGCCACUGUGCCGUGGUGGACGGAAACUUCCUCUACGUAUGGGGGGGCUACGUGUCUAUUGAAGACAAUGAAGUAUAUUUGCCUAAUGAUGAGAUUUGGACCUAUGAUAUUGAUAGUGGGUUGUGGACAAUGCACCUCAUGGAAGGAGAACUCCCUACCUCCAUGUCAGGAAGUUGCGGUGCUUGCAUUAAUGGAAAGCUGUACGUUUUUGGAGGAUAUGAUGACAAAGGAUACAGCAAUCGACUUUAUUUUGUUAAUUUGCGAACAAGAGAUGGAACCUACGUUUGGGAAAAAAUCACCAACUUUGAAGGGCAACCACCCACACCACGUGAUAAACUUUCCUGCUGGGUAUAUAAAGACAGAUUAAUAUAUUUUGGUGGCUAUGGGUGUAGGAGACAUAAUGAACUCCAAGAUUGUUUUGAUGUUCAUGAUGCAUCUUGGGUACGUCCGCCAGAACUAUUCAUAGCUCAGACUGGCUUCUGUAUGACAGAAGAGCAAAUAUUCUGGGGAUGGCAUAAUGAUGUUCACAUAUUUGACACAAAGACACACAGUUGGCUUCAACCCGAAAUUAAAGGUGGCAUUCCACCACAGCCACGAGCCGCGCAUACGUGUGCAGUUCUUGGAAAUAAGGGCUAUAUCUUUGGCGGACGUGUUUUGCAAACUAGGAUGAAUGAUUUGCACUAUCUAAACUUAGAUACCUGGACCUGGUCUGGAAGGAUUCCUAUUAAUGGAGAAAACCCUAAACAUCGGUCAUGGCAUACUUUAACACCAAUAGCUGAUGAUACGCUUUUCCUGUUUGGUGGACUAAGUGCAGACAAUAUUCCAUUAAGUGAUGGUUGGAUUCAUAAUGUCGUAACAAAUUGUUGGAAACAGCUUACACAUUUACCUAAAACAAAACCCAGGUUAUGGCACACAGCCUGUUUGGGAAAAGAAAAUGAAAUAAUGGUAUUUGGCGGGAGCAAAGAUGAUUUACUUUCCUUGGAUACAGGUCAUUGUAAUGAUUUAUUGAUCUUUCAAACACAGCCUUAUUCAUUACUCAGGUCAUGCCUUGACUGCAUUGGUAAAAAUGCUAUAAUUUUAGAAAGUCAGAUAUCUUUAUUACCUCCUAAACUUCUCCAACAAGUACUCAAAAAAAUAACAUUUUGGACUGCAGCUAAUCACCGGGAAGAACAAAGAGCCCAAAAAGAAGAAACAGAAAAUAAAUAUCAGUGGAUCAGUAGCAAUUAAGUUGUUAUAUAUGCUUUAUGUUUAAUAUGUUUAAACAUUUUAAUCAGACUGUAUAUUUACCCCCCAAAUUGGAGGCUUUAUUUAGAAGAUAAAAUCUGAAACAGAAAUUCUAUGUUAAAGUGAUUGUAUGGCAUGAGAUAUAUGGGAAGAAGAUGUUAAUGGCAGAUUAAUUUAUAUUUGUAAAUUAAUUUAAUUGUAAGUUGCAGGAAAAAAAUCUACUUUCUAAAAAUAAGUACAAUUGUCAGAGACUUUAACUCACUGUGUCCUCUUUACAGGAAAGAUUAUACAAAUUUGAGAAGAAUAAGAAAUUACCCCCAAGGACUUAGGGAUUCUCCAAUAUAAAGACAAAUAGAUAUAUAAAAACACCUCAUGUCAGCUUUCAGAAAGAAUAGAUUUUUCUCAAGUCACUUUAAAGUCACCUAAAGUUUCCCAUUAAGUAAUUCAGUUAUUUAAAGAACUUCUCCUUAAAUAACUAAUGUAACUGGCCAAAAGAAGAAAAUAGGCAGGCACUGGUAUGGGAUUAAAUACUGAACUCCUUUGAGCAUUUAUCUAGUAAAGUAUUCUUGGUCGUCUUUAUUUGAGUAGGGAAAUGAACGUCUUCAAUUGUCUUUUUGCCACCUCUAAGUUGUUUGAUGGUCCCAUUUUUUCUGUACAUAUAAAGACAAUGUUUGAAAGCGUUACAGUAGAGAUUUAUCAUACAGGGUUUGACAUAUUGAGAGGCAGUAUAGUUAUUAACUUUUGAUACACCUUAAAAUACAUUUUGUCUUGGGGACAUACUUAUAAAAAGUAACCUUCAGUAAAUUAUGAAAGGGGAUGAUAAUCUAGUAGUUUAUCUUUCUAGAAACUCAUUUUGGCCCACACCAUUCUACAGAGUUGGUGCUCAAGACCCAGGAUAUUCAAAAUACCUUGUCUUCCCAUUUCUUUUCAGUAUUAACUCCCUAUAAAGAAAUGGAACAUGAAUAUUUAUCUUUGUAGUCCUUAAAAUAGUACUUUUGCCAUAAUUAAGAAGUUCUUCAUAUAUCACAGUCAUAUCCAUCCAUUGCAUUACUAAUAACAAGGAAUUACUGAAAACUCAGUGUAUAAAAUUACUCUCUACCGUACUACCAUGCAAGUUGGCUCUGCAAUUUAAAAUGUUAAAUGUAUUUCUAUAUUGAAGUAUAUGUGUAAUUUAUAAUGAAAAUUACAGUAGUUUGUAGAUCUUAAAUUUUAGAGAUAUAUUUUAUAUAUAUAUGUACUGUAUUUUGGAUGUGUAAAACUUCUAUUUAUGUAUUGAAAUAUUUUGUGUUUGCAUUUUAUUUAUUAUACAAACUAUACAGAAUUACUAUUUCCCUAGUUUUGUUAGUGUGAACCAGUCAUUAGAAUUAAUUGUGCAAACAAUACUUCAGCAUAAGUUUUCAUUUCUGCUUACUAUUUUUAGGCUGAAUAACAGAUUUAGAAAGUGAGUCUCACAGGUAAUACAGGUCUUAGAAGUAAUUAUUUUAUUACUAUGAACUUUAAUAUCAGCAGUCUAUAAGGAAAAACUAUCUAAAUCUAUUAGAUAGUGAUAAAUGACACUGAGUGGGAUGACCUCUUAAAUGGUUUCUGAAUUAUUUCAAUACCUUCUCUAGCCUCUUAGAAAAGCACUUCUGUUUAUAAAUGGUUUACCUAAACAUUAAAAGUUAGAUUAGCCCCGCAAAACACACACAAAAACACACACACUUGUGUUGUUAGAUUAGCCCCUCAAAACACACACACUUGUGUUAAGAGGAUGAAAAUCUAUAUAUUAUCUUUGGCACACAAAACUGGUGCUCUUCUUACUUGACUGAUUAUGCUGUACUACUUCAAAAAGUUAUGUUCUGAGGUAGCCCCAUUGUACGAGUGGUAGGGAAUUCUAAUCUGAUCUUCAGUUUCCAAAACUUGCCUUAAAGCAGGGCUUCCCUGCUACUAAGAGAUAUAGAAAUUCUGAGAGCUGGCAAAACCAGUUUUGAAAAUCCCUAGUCAAGCAGUAUUCAUUCCUCAUUCUUACCUCUUACGGUUUACAGUCAACUCUUGUGUUGUUGACCUGUAUAGGAGCCCAAGGCAACAUCAGCCUCAUAACUUUAAACCCUCCCUUAUGGAUUCUCUGUUUGAAAGAUGGGUCUAGAAGGUUGACUUUUUCUUUUUCCAGGUGGUUCACAAAAUAGGUUUCCAGUCUGAUUUUCAAGGAAAAAGAAUUUCUGGCCAUCUUUAUUAUGUAUAUCAGAAUAUUCUUCCAGUUGUCAGGAAGGAUUCUUUUGAGGUAUUAUCAUUUUUAGAAUGAUACAGUAAAUGGCAUAUCAAAAUUAGUAUCUUUUCCAAGUAGUAUCUUUGCAAAAACACCUUUAAAAAUUAUUAGCCUCUUGAUAGCUUAAAAAUAUUCUUUAGAACUUCAUACUGCCAACCCAGAAACAAAGUGAUGUUUUCACAAAUACAUUAUUUAUAUGUAUGUAUGUGUGUGAGAGAAAUAAUAUAAACUCAAUAAAGUAGAAUGAUUUUCAUGGAAGUACA